AUGAAUAGUCAAAGAGUUCAAGGGUUUACCUGGAGCGACGCACGAGAUUGCAGAUUGAGAAGGCCGAAGAUGAGUUGUCGAUUUGAAGUUCGUGGCCUCUUAAUUCUUCUACCGAAAGCUGAAGAAGAUUUUUGUGAAAGAUUGAAGACCGCAGAGGUUGAAGAAGAUGGUGAAAUUGAAGGAGAUGUUGAACCCGAGGUCGCCGCACAAGGAGUGCCAAAGAAGAGAACAUUCAAGAGGUUCAGUUUCAGAGGUGUCGAUCUCGACGCUUUCUUGGAUAUGUCCACUGAUGAACUCGUCAAGCUCUUCUCUGCCCGUGCUCGCAGAAGGUUUCAACGUGGUUUGACCCGCAAGCCUAUGACACUCAUCAAGAAGCUCCGCAAGGCGGGUUUGAGUUUGACCCGAACAUUGGCUGUCAGGGUGAACAUAGUUUACACUGCCAUGAGGGUUCUCACACCCAAAGCAAACACUACCCUGUAGCUGCCACUCUGAUGAUCAGGUAUGAGAUGGCGUACUUCUAAAAAUUCUAUCGCCAACUUACCACCUGGACCAUGGAGACUGCCCAUGAUAGGGAACAUACAUCAGAUUAUUAGCAGCCCAUCGACUCAUCAUUCCUUCUAACUUGGAAAGUCAUUUUACAAAGUAAGUCAUUUUACCUUUCAAACUUGAUCACAAUCCUCCUCCGGAAACUUUGAAAGCAAAGUGCUCUGUUUGCUCUCGGUGUCUCAGAUAUUGUGUUAAUAAACAUGUGGUUCCAUGACAUUGGCCGUGAGCAAGCUGCAAAUAAGCCUCUUUUGAAAACCGUCUUUCAGGUUAUGAUGAGAUUGUUAAGUCCGAGCAAAACAACAAUGGUGUUUGUCAUACGUGAUUAAACAAGGACGCCACUUGAAAAUUUAGAACCUGUUUUGCGAGAAGAUACUCAGAAGUUCUGGUUUAGGUGGUGAUAGCAACAUUAAGUCUGCCCUGAGUCCAAUACAAGCUGUUGCCAUGGCAAAUAAUACAUUACUUUUGAAAGAGCACAAAGAGAUUCUGAAAACAUAAAUUGGAUUUUGGAUGACACAUUAGAGGGAGAGGUAGCAUCUGUGGAUAUAUCUACUAAAGAUAAUCUGAAUAAUCUGGUGAAAGCUGGUUUGCUAGUUUACUGUCGGAGAUAAGAAAAGCGAAAAAGUCUAAGCAUCAAAAUGGCAAGUGAAUGGAUGAUCACUAGAUUGAAUAUGUCAAUCCAUUGCUGAAGCUGUAUCUUUUAUUUCUUUGCUUAAUUAAUCAUUUCUGUAAGAUUGUGA